AAAAAAUAAAAUAAAAAAUUAUAAUGAAUGUUGUGAAAGAGAUUCAGCGAAUCAAUGAAAGAGAGAUCAGCAAUGGAAAUUGGUCAGAUGAUGCGUCAUGGCACGCACAAUAUAAAAACAGUGCUUGGAUAUUUGCAGGUGGUUUAGAUUAUGGAUUGACAGAAGGAGACAUUGUUUGCAUUUUCUCACAAUAUGGUGAAAUAAUGCACAUCAUACUUGUUCGCGAUCGAAAAACUGGAAAAUCAAAAGGUUAUGCAUUUUUGCAAUAUGAGGAUCAGCGAAGUACAAUAUUAGCAGUAGACAAUUUGAAUGGCGCUACGGUCUUGGGUCGAACCAUUCGUGUCGAUCAUUCUUAUGGACCAAGAAAGCACAAGAAGGAAGGUGAAGAAGACUCUGAAGAAGAAGGGCCCUUGAUGAAUGUAGCACCAGAGUAUGUCGAAGUUGAUGAAGCAGAGGAGAAAAAGGAAAAGAAAAAGAAAAAAAAGAAGGAAAGCAAAGGAGAUGAUGAAGAUCCUAUGGCAGAGUACUUCAGAAAGAAGAAGAAGUCCAAGAGAAAACGCUCUCGAUCAACAUCUUCCGACAAACGCCGCUCUCGUUCGCCAUCUUAUAGACGACGCUCCCCAUCGCCAUCAUAUAGCAGACGUCGCUCUCGUUCUCCACCUUAUAGACGACGCUCUCCAUCACCAUCUCGCAGCAGAAGACGUUCUCGCUCACCAUCCUAUGACAGACGUCGUUCUCGUUCUCCUCGUCGUAAAUAAACACAUAUUUGAUACAUUCACAAAUUUAUUAUGCACCAGAACAGAAUACAGAAAGAGUAU